GCAUGACUCCUCAGGACAGACUGUUAGCCAGAGCCUCGGGCUAGGCCCCGGACACCAUGCUGCUGUACCUGCUGCUGGCCCUCGCACUCCUGGGGAGCCCUGUCUCUCGGGCCAAGGUCCUAUACGGACACGAAGCAGGCGAGUUUUUCAGUACCUUCGAUGACUAUGAAAAUGAGGUCAGGGCGAUUCGAAUCACGACAAAUCUUCUGGGCCAAAUUCAGAGCAUCCAGGUGAAGAUUGGGUGUGUCUGGGAUGCCACAUAUGGGUCGCUGGGGCGGAACAUGCAGGAGUUCCACCUGAGUUCUGGAGAACACAUCACGGCCGUCCACGGCAAGCACCUGCUCAAGCUCUGGAUGCUGAAUGUGUGCACCAACCACAACCACUGUGUGCAGUUCGGCAAGUCGGUGGGCAAGCCCUUCUCCGCCUUUCCCAGUGAGGAUGGGGAGGUGCUCCAGGGCUUCUUUGGGUUUUUGGCUCUCAAUGGCUUCAAGAAUAUCGGCUUUAAGUGGGGCAUACUGCCCCCAGAGUCGCUCCCUGCCCCAACUUGUAACAACACCCUUCAAUGAAUGCAGCUGCCCAGUUGCCAGGGGCAAGCUUGGGGGAAACUGGGUCGAGUGCUGACUCCAUUCCCACCGGGCAAUAAAACUUCUGUG